AGAUACAGGGGCUACACUAUCUGUCAUGUCUUUAGUGCAAUAUAAAAAGUUGUGGCCAAAAGCAGAAUUGAACCACACCGAUGUUAAACUGUCUACAUACACGGGGGAGUCUAUUCCAGUAGAGGGAGAAAGGGAUGUUACUGUAACGUAUCAAAAUGGUAACCCAAUGGUAUUGCCAAUCACUGUGGUAAGAAAUAGUAACCGCUGUAAACCAUUGCUGGGGAGAAAUUGGUUGAAACAUAUCAAACUUGAUUGGAAUUCAAUUUUCAAAAUUAACUAUUCUGAUGUUAAAAUCAGUACACUGCUUGAUAAGUAUCCUGAAUUGUCUUCACCUGGAUUAGGUUGUGCAAAAACUGAAGCUAAAUUGGAGAUUGAUGACAGCGUUAAGCCUAAAUUUUAUAAACCACGACCUGUACCUCUUGCACUCAAAGAAUUGGUCGAAGCUGAACUUGAUAGACAAGUUGAAAUCGGUGUUUUGAAGCCAUGUAAAACAUCCGAUUGGGCUGCACCUAUGGUUACCGUAUUAAAAGCUGAUCAGAAGUCAGUUCGGCUCUGUGGAAGUUAUGACUUGACUGUAAAUAAAGCAAGUCGUCUUGAGCAGUAUCCAUUGCCAAAGGUGGAUGAAUUAUUGACUAAAUUUGCUGGUGGGGAAAAAUUCUCUGUUAUUGAUCUGAAAGAGGCAUAUCUGCAGAUACCAUUGGCAGAAGAGAGUCAAAAGUACACAGUAGUUAAUACACAUAAGGGAUUAUUCACGACAAAUCGUCUUGUUUAUGGAAUAUCAAGUGCCCCAGCUAUAUUCCAGAGAUAUCUUGAAACACUGCUGGGUGACAUAGCAGGUGUAGGUGUUUUCCAAGACGAUAUUGGAGUAACCGGUUCUUCUGAUAAAGAACACAUAGCCAGAUUGGAAGAAGUUUUCAAGCGUCUUACAAAUGAAGGUCUAAAAAUUAAUCCAAACAAAUGUAAAUGGAUGGUUUCAGAAAUUACUUAUCUUGGAUAUCGUAUAAAUAAACUUGGAGUUCAACCAACUGAAGAUAAUCUGAGAGCUGUUCUGGAUGCCCCAGAACCACAAAAUAUACAUCAGUUGCGCUCAUAUCUGGGGAUGCUUAAUUAUUAUGGUAAAUUCAUUAAAAAUUUAUCAACUGUUGCUGCUCCUUUGUAUGAACUUCUUCGUUCGAAUGUUCGAUGGCACUGGAAUAAAAGGCAAGUGGAAGCUUUUAAGAAAACGAAAUCGCUAUUGUGUAAUGCUCCAUGCCUUGCUCAUUUUGACGGAAAUGCCGCCGUCAUUGUUUCUGCAGAUGCCAGUCCUUAUGGAAUCGGAGCAGUUUUAUCUGUAAUAACGCAGGAAGGAGAACGUCCUGUGGCUUUUGCAUCCAGAUCUUUGUCAAAACCAGAGCGUAAUUAUAGCCAAUUGGAUAGAGAGGGAUUAGCUCUAGUAUUCGCUGUUACAAAGUUCCAUUCAUUUUUAUAUGGAAGACCGUUUGUUUUGGAAACUGAUCACAAGCCACUUCUCGGUUUACUUGGGAAGAAUAAGCCACUUCCUGAUGCAGCUCCACCGAGAAUGAUCCGUUGGAAAGUAUUACUUGAUGGAUAUCAAUACGAAUUAGUGUAUGUUCCAGGUAAAAACCAAGCCAAUAGCGAUGCACUAAGUCGUUUGCCUUUGCCUGUUAAACCGGAUUAUAUACCGCCUUGUGGUGAUGUAGUGAAUCUUCUUGAAGCAGUCGAUUCUACCCUUGUUAAAGUUGAUGCAAUUCAGUCUUGGACGAGAAGAGAUCCUGUACUGUCCGCAGUUAUGCAUCAUACUCAAAUGGGCUGGCCAAAAUCUUCUGACAUAGACCCAGAAUUACAAAUUUAUAGAAGCAAAGAGACGGAACUAAGUGUCCAUGAAAAUUGUUUAUUUUGGGGUUGUCGAGUAAUUAUUCCGCCACAAGGAAGACAGAAAGUGUUGCAAUUACUUCACGAUGGUCAUCCUGGUAUUUGUUCUAUGAAAAGAAUUGCUCGUAAUCAUGUAUGGUGGCCUGGGGUUGAUGCUGAUAUUGAAGAGUUGGUGAAAUCUUGCAGUUUGUGUCAACAGUUACGUCCCAGUGCACCUCAAGUUCCUGCUAGCCCAUGGUCUUAUCCUAAUGGUCCAUGGCAAAGAAUACAUAUGGACUAUGCCGGUCCAGUUGAUGGGAAAAUGCUUCUUGUUAUUGUUGAUGCGUUUAGCAAAUGGCCAGAUGUGUGGAUUACAUCGUCAGUUUCUGCUCAUGAAACUAUUGAAAAAGUCAGACUUUCAUUUGCUACACAUGGAUUACCACUAGUUGUAGUCACUGACAACGCUGGUUGUUUUGCAGGAGACGAAUUUGCAACAUUUCUAAAGGCAAAUGGAGUGAAGCACUUGUUUUCACCACCGAGACAUCCGGCUUCUAAUGGCCAAGCUGAAUCAAUGGUAAAACAAGUUAAACUUGGAUUGAAGAAACAAGCACCAGCAUCUUUGUCAGUCAGACUUGUUCGGUGGUUAUUUAAAUACCGAACUACACCACAUACAACGACUGGUCAGACUCCGUCGGAAUUACUUUUUCGUCGUAAGAUUAGAACGCAUCUUGAUCUAAUCGCACCUUCAUCACGUUUGAAGAAGUCAGCAGAGAAUGUUCCAAGUGGAAUAAUAAGAACUUUUCACAUUGAUGACCCAGUUUUUAUUACAGAAGUCGUUGGAUCUCGUUUCAAAUGGUUACCUGCCACAGUAACUGAAGUUAUGGGUCAAAUGUGUCGUGUUCGUUUGAACGAUGGAAGAAUUUUUAGACGUCAUCUUGAUCAUAUUCGACAUCGAUGUUGAUGUGGGAGAUAGAAAUUCAACUCCUACCUCUACUGCUACUGAAGAGACUGAUGAAUCUCAAAAUGACAGAGACAAUGUAGACCCAGUUCCUAAUUUUCCAGAAUCGUCCAGUAAUUCAAACA